GGAGUCCGUCGGCAUCAGACUCAACCGCUCCAAACCCAACAUCUACUUUAAGCCCAAGAAAGGAGGGGGUUUGUCCUAUAACUCCAUGGUUCCCCUGACGAUGUGUUCUGAGAAACUGGUCCAGCUGAUCCUCCACGAAUACAAAAUCUUCAAUGCGGAGGUUCUGUUCCGAGAAGACAGCACUCCUGAUGACUUCAUCGACGUCAUUGUUGGGAACCGAGUUUACAUGCCCUGUUUAUACGUGUACAACAAGGUGGAUCAGAUCUCUAUAGAGGAGGUGGACAGGCUGGCCCACGAACCCCACAGCGUCGUCAUCAGCUGUGGGAUGAAGCUGAACCUGGACUUCCUGUUAGAGAGGCUGUGGGAAUACCUGGCGCUCAUCUGUCUUUACACAAAGAAGAGAGGAGAGAGGCCUGACUUCAGCGACGCCAUCAUCAUGAGGAGAGGAGCUUCUGUAGAACAUGUGUGCCAUCGGAUCCACAGAACGUUAGCCAGCCAGUUCAAGUACGCCCUGGUCUGGGGCACCAGCACCAAGUUCGACCCUCAGCGGGUGGGGCUAACACACAUCAUGGAGCACGAGGACGUCAUCCAGAUUGUUAAGAAGUGAAACAGCUCUUCGGGAUAGGACCGAUGACGGGCUGGGGGUGGGACGAGUUAGUCAAACGGGCCUUCUGAUUGGACGGAAUACAAGACGGGUGGGAGGAGUUAAAAACA